ACGUUUGCAGUGUGAUGCAGGGCUGUCACCGCACUCUACAUGUUUUUCUGGUAAAGUCUCGCUAACAUGAAACAACCCUGCUGCCACCCUGACCCUGUUUGGACAAUAACCCUUAUUGGCACAUUUGAAACACCUGUAAUGAACUGCUAAUUCUAUGGGUUGGAUGCUGGUCCCCUGGAGGAUGGGGAACAUGAUGCGAGGCGGAACUGCCAGCAGCAAAGUGAACACUGAAAACCAGGACAGUGCUCUAAAGGGUUCCGAUGAUGACAUAGUAGUGGUGAUCGACGACUACCCCUCGUUGGAAAUAAGCGAGCCCAUCUACAGAAUGGGGGAGAAGCUAAGAGUCAUUGCACAGGAAGCUUAUUGGUGGAAAGUUCGCUCUGUUGAGACAGGGAAGGAAAACUAUAUACCCAACAGCCAUGUGGUGAGGGUUUAUCACGGGUGGCUGUUUGAGGGGGUGGGGAGGCAGAAAGCUGAAGAGCUGCUUCUUUUACCUGGGAACAGAGUGGGCUCAUUUCUGGUGCGGGAAAGCACCACGGAGAGAGGUCUGUAUUCGCUCUCAGUGAAGCACAGGGCAGUGAAGCACUAUCGGAUCUUCAGACUGGACAACAGCUGGUACUACAUAUCCCCGAAGCUCACUUUUCAAUGCCUUGAAGACAUGAUCAGCCAUUAUUCUGAUUCUUCAGAUGGGCUAUGCUGCACGCUAACCACCCCUUGUCUGUCUGGAAAAACCGAAACCUUGGACAUGAACCCUGGACCGCCAACGGUGGUCAUGCGACACAACUUUGAUUGGACAAAAGUAGAGAGGAACCAACUGGUGAGCACAGAUAGCCAGAGUGACAACAUGGUGAGCUACGGUGUGAGGAACAGCAUCGCUUCCUAUCUGUCCUUUUCUGGCCAGGAAAACCCUCAGCAGCAGCGAGCAGAACGCAGAAAGAAGAAAUCUAAAUCUGUGUAUGCCAUUCCUGAAAGCAAUAAUGCAGAUUUCCAAUAUGAAGAAGACUUCUAAUGACAGAACUGGAUCAGUUUGAAGGAAGUAAAAAAUGAUUGAGAGGAAGCCUGCAGAGACUCCAUGAUAUCUACUACAGCUCCUACGUAACAGUCGAAAAAUCCAUGGACCCAGCGCUGGUCAGAGUCAUAAAAGUGAGUUUAAAUAUCAGCACUUUGGAAUCUUUUAACAGUAAAUUAAGUACUCACACUUUUAAGCAAAUAUAAAGAUUGAUGUUUUAUGUGAACAGUGUGUGAAUGGGUUUGAUGUGUGGAUAUACAGCACAUGGCUUCAGUAACAGAACCAAGCAUUAUUGGAAUAGGAAGUAUGUUGAAUACAUAUAAGUACUAGUGGUUCAAACUAAUUCUCUUUGUCUGGAGAUGAGAUUAAUGUUCAUUGACCAAAGCAUGUCUAACUAAGACCACACACACGUCUCUCUCGCCCUAUAUUAUUUCAGUUUAUUAGAUAGAGAGAGAUAUAGAUCUAUAUUUGUUGUAUUUCACUUUCAUUGCAUUCAUUCAUCUGUACCUUAUGAAGUUGUCAUAAGUCAUAUCCUUUUCUAUCCGCCUUGGGUUACACGGUUAAUGAAAAAAUUUGUUUACUGUUUGGAGAUGAAGAAAGCAUGAUGUGGUCCAUGUGUUGCAUCUCAAAGGUAUUGAGUAUGAAACAUUUUGAAAGUAUGUGGUAAUAAAAUGUAAAUUAGAAAUGGGCUAUAUGAUGUGAUAGCAUCUCUUAAAACAGAAAAGUAAAAAUUAUACCUACUAUUACAAAAAUGAUUUGUUUUUAUAUUUCUUACUGCAAAUUCAAAACAUUGAAUUUAUGGUGGGUUGCUUUCUUUCAGCUUUAUCGCCCUGGCUGUUUGUGUUUUUGCAAAAAGAAAAUGUUUUAAAACCUUUAAGUAAAGAAAAAAAAAAUCCAGGUUUUCGUUCAGACAGUGCAGGUGUUUGAAGCAGCUCCAACAGGAGGGCUGACCCAUUCUCUGAUUAACUGGAAUGCAAUAUCGACCUGAUAAUCUGAGCUGUUAAACGUGAAAUAAGACUACGCCAAUUAAAUAUUUUCAAAUUUAGUACAAUGAAAUGGCUAAAAGAAAUAUGGCCAAAAAUUAACAAACGAUGCAGGAUUUUAGUUUCUAUUUUUUCAAGUCAGGUGAAGGUGAUGAAAAUUCACUGUUCUGCUUUAUUUAACUACACAGUAAGCUUUAUUGCUUUUACAUAUAUUUCUCCACUAAUUUGUGAAAUGUCUGUCAUAUAUUAGUAUUUGUAAUUAAAUGUGCAGCUUAUUACCUUUUCUACUUACAAUUGAAACAACUACCUUUGUAUAGUCAAUUUUAUAUUUGUUUGCAAUACUGUAAACAUGGUUUGCAGUGUUUUUCUAUAAUAUUUUUAGCCCUUCUUAAUAAUCUUUUAAAAAUAUAUUUAUUCUUUGUUUUCCUAAAUGUUAGUGACUUGAAACAAGGUGGCAGUAAAUAAAAAUGUUGUUUGUCAAUUCUGGGAUUAAAAUACUUGGGACUUUUUUUUUACCUUAGUAAUUUGUGUGCGUUUUUUUCUACUGCUCUUGAAACUCCUGGAAAAUGUAUUAAUAUCAGCUUAAUGUAUGGGGAAGCUUUGACAUUGUUUAGCUAGGAAGGUGGAAUCUAAAGCAACCACCAUGCAUGACAUCUAUGCUGCCAUACUGUGAAAAAUAAAAAGUUCCU